AUGACUUUUGGCCUGUGGCGUUCUAUCGCCACGUAUAUCGAAUCCUUGAACAGUGGACCUAUUGGCACAUCCGACACUACAGCUGAUCUGGACUCAGCUACCGAUAGCGAAACUGAAGACGAAGGCCAUGAGCCCUGCUACUUAUUUUCGGAUGAACGCGAACGUUACAUGGUUGAUACAAGUAUCACGAAACUUCGACGUGGAGUGGCGGCUGCUUGCCAAAAGUGUAGUAUUGUGCUCGAUGCUAUUACCACCUAUAGUAGCGAGCGACUAUGCAUGGAUAGCAUAACAGAAGUCUGUAUGCUAGCGGGUAGCUGGAGCAUAUUGCUUGAUAACGACGAACGUGAAAGAAUAAACCUAGAGCUAUUUCGAUUAGAAGGUCAGGAGCUACACACCCUGCCCGAUCUUUUAACUUCCAAACUACACAUUCCCACCAGGACACUUCUUUCAGGAGACACAUCUUCAGAUCAAGCUCUUCAAACAUUGCACAAUUGGAUCGAAACCUGUGUUGAGCAUCAUGAGAUUUGUGCUGGACGAAAUGUCAACCAAUUACCAAAACGAGUGCUUGAGAUAGAUGGAGAGCAUGUCUAUCUUCGUGAGCACUUGAAAACACUAACCAUGUAUGCUUGUCUAAGUCAUUGUUGGGGCCCGUCAGGCCCAGCACUCAAGCUAGACAAGACGACUUCCGGUGAUUUCAUGGACGGUAUACUUAUCAGUCGAUUGCCGAAGACCUUUGCAGACGCUGUUCGCCUAUGUUCAAGACUUGGUUUUCGCUUUAUCUGGAUCGAUGCCUGCUGCAUCAUGCAAGACGACGAGGAUGACUGGAAAGAAGCAGCAGCAAUGAUGGCAAUCAUCUAUGAACGGGCCAAUUUGACCAUCGCAGGUACUUGGGCCGAAAACAGCGACUGCGGUUUGUUUGUGUUGGAGCGAGAAAGAUACAAGGCCAGAAAGUUAAAGGACCAUGAGUUCUACAUACAGGAAAGCUGCGCCCCUUUCCCACAUCCAUCUCAUGGCAUGAAGCUGGAUGAUUUUCCACUGCUGAAUAGGGCUUGGGUAUACCAAGAGCGACUUUUGUCGUCACGGAUGGUCCACUUUGGCAAGGAUCAAAUGUAUUGGCAAUGUCCCACUCGCUUUAUCUCGGAGAGUGGGAUGACCUACAAGGAUAUCUACCAAUGGAGCAAUAAUCCAAGUUUUAACCUCUUUGAGGUCAUCGGAGAUCCGGUCGACCGCUGGCACAAGUUGGUAAACAUGUAUUCUGGCCUGGACUUAACCUAUGCAAGCGAUCGGUUACCCGCAGUCGCUGCCAUAGUCGAACGUGAAAUGCGAUUACGCCCAGACGAUGUAUACAUUGCCGGUAUGUGGAAGAGUAGUCUGCUUUCGGAUCUUGCCUGGGUGCCAGGUGCAUCUUGCACGCCGCGGGCGUGGUGUCUCCGAAUGCGCUCUCCAACAUGGGCAUGGCCAUCUUCACAAGUGCAAGUUCUUUGGCUGAGCGGAACACUUGAACCAUGCUUGAGAUUGGUGGACCUAUCCUACACUUGUAUUGGACCGGCGCAUGUUGGCGAAGUCGCAAAUGCUAGCAUCUCAUUGGAAGGUCAUCUAUACACCAUUCGGUUAACACGACACGUCGAGCGGAGGACAGCUGUAUUAGAACCGUGCAUGGAAAUAGUUACUCGCUCAAUUUCGGACGUUAGGUUAUGCGAUUGGAGUACACAUAUGGACUUCGACUGGUCUACGGGUGAUCGACCGGUCAUGGUUGGAGAUACUUUCGACGUUUUACCUAUCAACUUGCUGUCAGGAUCAGCCUCUUAUGUGGGGCUCAUUCUUAAAGAGGUCACCGACGGCGUCUUCGAGAGAAUAGGAACUAUCGAGAUUGAAGCCGUUUGUCAGUCGGAGAUGACCACUCUACAAAAGACUUGGAGGAUCUGUGAAUUCGUUGAGGCAUUGCCAAUUCGACAGGUCAAGAUUAUCUGA